AUGGCCAGGAUGCGGGCGGUGGCUCCGCCAUGUCUCUUCCUAGGCGCCUUUAGGGUCGUUAGGAUGACAGUGCCAGAUGUUUAUUGUGGUGCAUCCUACCUGUCGCUGCUACAAGCUGUGGCUGUUAGAUGUGUAUUACCCUAUGUGUCUCUCGUUUCUGAGGUUGCUGCGGAUGGAGGUGCAGUCUAUGGUGUUGAAAUUGAGGUACCCCCUGCUCAUCCCAAUUGUUUCGGGCGCACGGUGUUUUUUUGGGCGUCUGAAAAUUCGGGUGGCAGUGCUGGUUAUGAGGAGGCUGCUCUGCAGGAUGUUUCUUUCCUGCAGAGUAUCUAUGGGUUUAUUGUAGUGGAUUACAGCUUCCAAAGUCUGAUGUUAUAUAGGAGCAUCGCCCAGACGACGAUUUCUGUUGCUGCUAGAGCUGCUGGCCUGGCAGCGAACGGGAAGGAGGACGCCAAGAGGACAGGACUGGAAGGCACUGGCCUACCGCUGCAAGGUGGCUCCCACGGCAACCUUCGCAGCGCUGGCAGCGACCAGCAGCUGAGGCAGAUGCUCGAUUCGCUCAAAUCCUCAAAGUCCCCUGCUGUGAUUAACUAUGGUGCCUCAUGGUGCCGUGUUUGCAGCCAAAUUCUUCCAUCCUUCUGCAAGUUCAGUGAUAAGUUCAAGAAUCUUACUUUCAUCUAUGCGGACAUUGACGAGUGCCCUGAAACAACGCAAAACAUACGCUACACCCCAACCUUCCACUUCUACAGAGACGGAGAAAGGGUUGAUGAGAUGCUUGGCACAGGAGAAGAGAGGCUACAUGAUCGGCUAUGGUUGCAUUCUUGA